AUGUCUGACAACACCAACCCUGGUAAUUUCGCCAACAGGCCCCAUGAAGAAGUUGAGAAUAUUGCUCGGAAGGGUGGGCAGUCUAGCCAUCAAGGCGGAUUUGCUUCGAUGGAUCCCCAGAAGCAGAGGGACAUUGCAUCGUCGGGAGGUCACGCUUCAAGCGGAAGCUUCAAGCCCGGAGACGAGAGAGCUAAGGAAGCAGGUCGCAAAGGGGGCCAAAGUACCGAUCAGCCGAAUGAAUAG